AUUUCGACACACUUGUUUUGAGACUAAAGUACCAGCGCUUUGAAGCAAAAUGCCUGCCGAAAACGACAACCACGAGCCGGAAACUCCGGCAACGCAGCGGCUGACGAACGAUGAUUUCCGUAAACUUUUGAUGACGCCAAGGGCUCCCCCGGGAGCCGGCCACGCUACGGGUUCAAUCCGGGACGCGAUGGCAAAGGGAUCCUCGUCAGGAUUAACUUCAGCAGCAAUGUCCUCAGGAUCGGGGUCCUCAUCAUCUAUCAUGAAACCACCAUCAUCCGAGCGACACGAAGCCCGACGAAAGAAAAAGAAUUUCUAUGCCCAGCUUAAAAAGCAGGAAGAUAACAAGCUGGCUGAGUUGGCCGAAAAGUACCGCGAUCGGGCACGCGAACGACGCGACGGUGCCAAUCCGGAUUACCAAAAUCUCGAUUCCACCAGCUCGACCAGCGCCUACCGUGCGGUGGCCCCGGAUGCCAAGUCCGGUCUAGACGCAGCGGAGCGUCGCCGGCAGCAGAUCCAGGAAUCCAAGUUUUUGGGUGGAGAUAUGGAGCAUACCCAUUUGGUAAAGGGUCUCGAUUAUGCGCUGUUGCAGAAGGUUCGCAGCGAAAUCGUUGCCAAGGAGCAAGAACAAGAGGAGGAAAUGGAGAAGCUAGUCGACGUCGAACCACCCAUGCACCGCAAUGCAGUCGGUGGCUCACAAGCAGAUAAGGACUCGGCGCCGGGUGGAUCAGAAGAGGUCGAGUUCCACACCGUGAUGGGACAAAACAUUUUUCGCCUUCUGGAAAAGCAGCGUUCACGGACGAUCGAGCGCAAUGAAAUGUUCGCCCCUGGUCGUUUGGCGUACCACAUCGAGCUGGAGGACGAAAAUGUGGACACGGACAUUCCGACAACGGUGAUCCGAUCGAAGGCGGAGGUCCCGCUAGAUGUUGGGGACACGCAAACGCUCACCACUAACGACAUCGUCAUCAACAAAUUGGCCCAAAUUUUAUCCUACUUGCGACAAGGUGGCCGAGGUAAGAAGAACAAGCGGCGUGACAAGGACAAACCACUAUUCAAGCUGCCUGAGGAACUUACUGGCAAAGGUGGCACGCUGGGUGACGAUUCGAUCUACGGUGAUAUCGGCGACUAUCAACCCAGCCGCCGAUACGAAGAUGUCGCUACGUCUUCAAAGCUCGAGGGCAACACGGGCAAGCAUAGCUAUUUCGACAAGUAUGGUGAAGAUGCAUCAGCCGAGCGGGAGCCAGUCAUUCCGCCCGUUCCCGCGCCACCGAAGCUGUCGGCGCAACUCAUUACCAAGUUGACGGCAGAACCGGAGGGAUACGCCGAGUGUUAUCCAGGCUUGCAGGAAAUGAACGACGCAAUAGACGAUUCCGAUGAUGAAGUGGAUUACACCAAAAUGGAUCUGGGUAACAAGAAGGGACCGAUUGGUCGUUGGGACUUUGACACGCAGGAGGAAUACUCCGACUACAUGAGCAGCAAGGAAGCGCUCCCGAAAGCCGCCUUCCAGUAUGGCGUUAAAAUGCAGGAUGGCCGAAAAACGCGCAAGCACAAGACAGAAAAGAACGAGAAAGCGGAGCUUGACCGGGAAUGGCAGCAGAUUCAGAACAUUAUUCACAAGCGAAAAGCAAAGGCGGCAACUGAGGAAGAUAUCGACUUUAAAAAGUCAAAAUACUAGACCAAACGACUAGACCGGCAAAACGCCGUAAAAGAAAUCUUUUAUUGCUGUUUCUCAGCUGUAUACAAUAAGAGCAUAAAGAUAAAAUACAUAAAAAAUGUUUGUCUUGUCUUUGAAAAUACUUACGACUUUUCGUAGGCCUAGGCUAAAAGGCGAAAUGUGAUUUAACAAUACUACUCAGCUACUCUAGCUCUGGCCAAGGCCAGUAUGUAAGGCCAUUUGUUUCGUUGGAAGUGUUCCCUAACAGUCUAGCUUUGCCUUAUUGCUUUGUAAGUAGAAGCGGCGUGCACGUGUUGUACAAGUCCCCCGAAGUGAAUUCAGUAGAAGUGUGCGGGAUUCAGGAAGUGGUACAUAAUACCGGCGGCCAUAAGCAGGAAGUAGACCGUAACAGCACACCACCAGAGCUUGCGUUCCCAUGGUACCACUUUCAGAUUGCGAAGCACACCAAUUCCGACCAGGAACCCGGCAAGCGCACCGCUGGCGUGCGCAAUGUAACCCACUUUAUCGAAAGGAUCGUUGAUGCUGUUCCAAAUGGAAGUUCCCAAAUCAGUUAUGCAAAACACCAAAAACACGAACAGCUGCACAAUAGCGAAUUCCAUCUGGCUCCAGUUCUGAGGCAAAAAAACAACAAAUUAAAUGUUAUUUAACUCUUUGGCAAAUAAUACAAUUGUAGGCCCCAUUCGCACGCCACUCACCAUGAUGAUGGUAGCGAUGUGAGCCGUGAUGAGUGCGUACACGCCACCGGAUGCGCCGGCAAGAAAAACGCGGGGCGUGAAAAUAGAUGUGCCCAUCGAUCCUGCUACGACACCGGCCAGGUAAACCAAUGCUACCCGCCACCAGCAGUGCACCAACUCCAGUGCGACGCCCAGAAAUAUUUGCACCAACAGGUUCAUCAUAAGGUGUACAAAACUUCAAAAUAGAUGGAACAUUAAAUUAAAACACGCUUACUGUAAAUUUAUCCAGUCUGUAAGUAGACGGAUCGCAAAGAUGCAAGUUUUGCGAAUAACCAAUCAAAGCUCACCCAAUAUGCACAAACAUGUACGUCAGAAAGCGCCACACCUCGUGGCGUAAGUUUGGAUUGUAGAUAAACAGCGUCGCCAUUGGCCCAUUAGUGCUCGUGCCGUUCUGGCUGAAUGGGGAGAAAUAGAGCAUGCAGAAAAAGGGAGGCAGGCCUUUAGGCGUCACUCAAGAUAGCUGUUUCCCCGUACUUACUUCUGAGUUUUGA